UUCUUCUGAAAACUUCAGUACACUUUAAGAUUAGAGACCAACCUCACGUUUUAAGGCCCCUAGAUUAGGCUUAAACCAACGAUAACUUACAUCCAUUUAUGUAAUUACCACCGCCAACAUUAAUCUGUGUGCUUGAAUAAAAAGUUAGCUUCGUAAUUAACAAUUCAGCGGCACUCUCUCUCUUACUCUCCAGUUGAGACUUCUAUUUUCUUUCUUUCUUUUUAAUUUAAAUUAAAUUAUUCCCAAAUGCUUGACCAAUUCGCUACAAAUUUCGGACUCACCCAAGUUAUCUUAGAUUCUUUGUCUGAUUUCUGCAUCUGGAAAAUUUUCAGAUUAUUGAUUUUAAUGGCUGACUGUAGGAGUUUAUAAAUCUUGCCUGGAGGUUUCAGCUGCAGUCAUCUUCAAAAGUUAAAAUUUUCUUUCAAACCUUGAAGUCCUAUAGUGUGGCAAGUGUACUAUAAUUGGAUCUUGAAGUUUUCUUUGCUAUAGUGUGCAAUAGUUGGACCUUGAAGUUUUGUUGCUGCAGUGUGCUAAAGUUGUACCUUUGCCACUUGUUUGGACUGCAGAGAUGACAAUCUUGUCAAAGUUACGUUGUAUAACUGUUGAUGUUACCGGUACUCUCUUAGCUUACAAAGGGGAGCUUGGAGAUUACUAUUGUAUGGCUGCCAAAGCUGUAGGAUUACCAUGUCCUGACUACAAACGCAUGCAUGAAGGCUUCAAACUUGCAUAUACUGAUAUGGCCAAGAACUAUCCUUGCUUUGGCCAUGCUGCAAAGAUGCCCAAUAUUGUUUGGUGGAAGACAUGUGUCCGAGACUCCUUCAUAAGGGCUGGAUAUGACUAUGAUGAAGAGACAUUUGAGAAGAUAUUCAGACGCAUAUAUGCAUCAUUUGGCUCAUCUGCCCCUUAUGUUCUUUUCCCUGAUUCCAUUCCUUUCCUAAGAUGGGUCCGUGCACAAGGUAUGCCGGUUGGGCUAGUGAGCAAUGCAGAAUACCGUUAUCAAGAUGUAAUUCUUCCUGCCUUGGGUAUAAAUCAGGGUUCUGAAUGGGAUUUUGGAGUAUUCUCUGGUAUUGAAGGUGUAGAGAAGCCAAAUCCAAGGAUUUAUGAGAUAGCAUUAGAGAGAGCAGGAAAUGUUGCUCCUGAAGAAACUCUACAUAUUGGAGAUAGCAUGCGUAAGGAUUUUCUUCCAGCAAAGAGCUUGGGCAUGCACGCAUUAUUACUAGAUAGAUUUAAGACUUCAGAUGCCGAGAAAUGGAGAAAAUCCGGAGCACCUGUCUAUCCGGAUUUGGCAUCUGUGCAAGAUCUUCUAAAUUCUGGUAACAUUGACUUGCUGAAAGAACUUUGAAUUAUUAAACUUAAUGAAGUUUAAGUUGGUGUUACCAUAUUAAAGAAUUCUAACAUUAACUUGCUUUUCUAGAUCUUCUUUAGGCCUGCCUUCUCCGUCUGUUGUAGAAUCUACACAUUCCUUAGUCAUGUUCAUUGUAUAAGAAGCAUCUCUUUUUCAAGAAUUCUGCUUCUCUUGUUCAUUAGUUCUAUAUAUUGAGUGGUUGUUGAUGAAGCUCUUCCUUCUCUUAGUUCUGUUGUUUUUUUUUUUUUUUUCCUUCUUUUUUUUGUAAACAACUUUUUUAGGUGAAAUUUUCACAAUGUUUCAUUGCUCUGGGCAGUACAGCUCGUGGCGACUGUGCCAUACCAGCCAUCCUGUGGGCUAAGCCUGCGCACUAUAAGCAUUUCCUAGUAUAUUAAUUGUAGACUGAUCAUGCCAAAGUGCCAAACCAUUGGCCCUGUGGCCUGUGCUGUGCCAGUCUUUGCAAAAUGCGGCCUUGGCUUAGCCUGCGUGCCUCAUGCUGGCCUCAUGGCCCACUG